AUGGAGAAUAUAAGGGGCCGAGGAAGAGGCCGUAGACCGGAUGAAAAUGUGCCUGUUCAAAACAAUAAAGAUGAAGAAGAAAGUAUUGCUGAAAUACAUUCUGAAAGUCAAAGCAUUUCUAAAAUUGACAUGGAAGCUGAUAUCUCUCAAUUAGAAGCUCCAACAUUUACUACCAUUAACAGAGGACCUCCUGAAGCUAUGCUAAGAUUACAAUGGGGUCACCCCGUUAAUCUUUUGGGUGAAAAAGUUCUUAAUCCAAUGAUACAUUGUUGUGACCAAUGCCUUCAUCCAGUUUUGAUUUAUGGAAGAAUGAUUCCAUGUAAACAUGUUUUUUGCCUCAGUUGUGCCAAAUCGCAAACCUCAGAAUGUCCUCGUUGUAAAGAAACUUUAAUUAGAGUAGAAGAAACUAGUUUGGGAUCUCUAUUUAUGUGCACACAUGGAGGAAGCAGGUAUGGAAAUAAUGGAUGUGGAAGAACUUAUUUAUCAGAAAGGGAUUUACAAGCACAUAUUAAUCAUCGGCACGUAGCUAUUUCAGGAGAAGAUCAUUUAAAUCAACAAUUUCCAGUUCAUGAUCCUCAGAAAGUUGCAGAAGUUCGAAAUAAAUCAGAAAUUCGGCCACCAACAGUAGCAAAUGCAUCUUUUUAUGAUAAUGAAAAGCCUAAAAUAUUUGAAGAAACAGAAUGUUUGGGCUAUGCUUCUACCAGGACUAGGGAAACAAAUAAUUCUAUAAAUAGAAGUAGCAAUCUUAUAACAGUUCCAUUGCAAGGUCAACAACCACAAGAUCCUUACUACCUCAAUUAUAAUUCUGUAUCUGGGUAUUAUCCUCCUUCUUAUCAAGAAUAUGCACAACCUCCUCCCCCACAAACGGAUCUGUCGAUACCUCAACAAUGGCCGAAUAAUCAACAAUUUUACGAGAUAUGGAGUCAUUACAGUGAAUUAAUGUGUUAA